CGUGGACGAGUUCUACACAUCACAGGUGUGUGCGAAGUGCGGGCGGCGCUUGCUCGGCGACGGGCAGCGCUGCCUGCAGGCGGUCGUACCUUGGGGGGGGGGGCUCACGUGCUCGCCAAGUCCAAGUGUGCAACCACUGCGGGACGGUGUGGGGACGUGACGUCAACUCCGCAAUCAACAUCCGGCACGCGCUGGUGGAGAUGCUGCUGGGGCAUAAGCGACCUGCAUCGCUGCACACUGGCGGCGGCAGCGGCGGCAGCGGCGGCGGCGGCAGCGGCGGCGGCGGCAGCGGCGGCGGCGGCGGCAGCAGCGGGGGCGCGUGCGCGCAUCUUGGUAGCGGAGGGGGCGGGAAAGGCCACGUGGAGGAGGAGAGCGCAGCGCCGCCCAAGAAGCGGCACAAGCGCGCAGGCUGAGGAGCCGGCUGGUGUCUAGGUAGCGGUCCGCGGUGGGGCUGGCAGUGCAUGCGUAGCGGCAUGACAAGUAGUGCGGCUGUUGACAACUGUGCUGCGUCGGGCUGCGGCUGGCUCUGCUGUGGCAUCGCGACUGCUAGAUAGGCACCUGGUUUGGCUAUGUGCCUGUGGAAACCGACCCCGGCUAUGUCCGGGCGAUGAGGUUGUUCGGCCUCAGACUGUGGAGGGGCUCAGCCCCUUUUCCCGUGACCCGGUAACACUUGUUCUACCAUGAGAAUCCAUAUAGAGAAGGUCAAGGUUGUGUACAAAUGUAGUUUGCACGUUUGUGGUUGUUGAGGCAGGGGUGUCCUGUGGAAACUGGCAGGCCAUGCAGGGCUGCAACAAUUUCAGUUUUGUCACCGCAUGUGGAGUCUGAGAUGAGAGGGAUAAGCAUUGUGCAACAAGCAGCAUGAAGGACGCGUGCCAACACUUAUCUGCCUUUAGGUCAUCAGUGCAAGAAGCUGGGACUCAUGUAAAACAAGGCAGUAGUACUACCGUACCACAGUUCACGCGGUUCAGCCGUGGUUCAGCCGUGCGGCCCGCGGUUUGACUCCACUGUACGGUCGAGUUGCACCUGAGGUCACACGUUUAACACUGGGAC